CAGUCCCUGAUAUGAUCUCCCUCCAUUUCAUGGCUAUGCAUCUACAACAAAUCAACCAAAGUCAUUCAAUUCCAGAUUUUUUUCUAUCUAAAAAUAAGCAAAAACCAGAAGAAAAUUUCAGUUUUAGCUGAGAAAGAAAGUAAUCCAUUUAAUCUUACUCUACCUCUCUUUUUCCUCUCACAAUCCUCUUUACUUUUUCCUUGUCCGAUCCCUAAAAAAAAUUAAAAUUUUUUUACCUCGUCAAUGCUCCUUCGGAUCAGAGUCUACAAUGUGGAUGUGUUUUUGGGGAUAUUGAAGCGCCAUAUUGGAUUUCAUGACUGCAAUUUUCGAUGAAGCGUCAACGAAAUGUGCGGGAGAGACAUGGAGGUUAGAUCUGAGGGUAUACAGGUAAAGUGCGACAAGCUUGCAGGGGCUCCAAGGACUCGCUUGCAGGUAUGGUUAAUACGAGUUUGCGCCAGCAUUCUGCUUUGGACCUGUCUGGUACAGCUCGUCGCGGUUGCGGAGCUUUGGCGGACUGGUCAACCUCCUCUUCGAUUGCAGGCGGUUGUUCCAUCAGCAUCGUCUCUACUUCCUGCGAGAAACUAUACAAGUAAUGGUUUUUUAAUUGUGUCAUGCAAUGGUGGCUUGAAUCAGAUGCGAGCAGCAAUUUGUGAUAUGGUGACCAUUGCUCGUCUUCUAAAUUUAACUCUGGUUGUUCCAGAGCUUGACAAGAGAUCCUUCUGGGCCGACCUGAGUAAUUUUGAGGAUAUCUUUGAUGUGAGGCAUUUCAUUGAUUCUCUAAGAGAUGAAGUCCAAAUCAUCAAAAGGCUGCCAAAGAAAUUUCAGCGGAAAUAUGGGUUCCAACCCUUUGAAAUGCGUCCGGUUAGCUGGUCAAAUGAAAAGUACUACCAGGAGCAGAUUCUGCCACUUUUUCAAGAGUAUAAGGUUUUGCAUUUCAACAGAACAGAUGCACGCCUGGCAAACAAUGGGAUUCCCCUAUAUCUUCAGAAAUUCAGGUGCCGUGUUAAUUUCCAGGCGCUGAAAUUCUCUCCUGAGAUUGAAACUCUGGGGUAUAAAUUGGUUCACAUUCUUCAAGAAAAGGGCCCUUUUGCUGCUUUGCAUCUGAGAUACGAGAUGGACAUGUUGGCUUUCUCAGGUUGUACCCAUGGUUGCACUAAUGAAGAAGCUGAGGAGCUCAAGAACCUUAGGUAUGCAUAUCCAUGGUGGAGGGAGAAAGAGAUAGUGUCUGAAGAAAGGAGAUCACAAGGGUUGUGUCCUUUGACGCCUGAAGAGACAGCACUAGUCUUGCAAGCAUUGGGUUUUGACAAGGAAACACAGAUUUAUAUUGCAGCGGGUGAGAUCUAUGGUAGCGAAGUAAGGCUUGCGGCUCUAAGAGCUGCAUUCCCAAAUAUUGUGAAAAAGGAAAUGCUGUUAGAUCCAGAUGAACUGAAGCAAUUUCAGAAUCAUUCAUCCCAAAUGGCUGCUUUGGAUUUUAUGGUUUCAAUAGCAAGUAACACUUUCAUUCCUACAUACGAUGGAAACAUGGCAAAACUUGUGGAAGGUCACCGUAGGUAUUUGGGUUUCAAAAAAACUGUCCUACUGGACCGAAAGAGACUUGUAGAGUUGUUGGAUUUGCAUCAGAAUGGGACAUUUUCGUGGAAUGAGUUCGCUGUUGCUGUUCGACUGGCACACGAGAAAAGGAUGGGACAGCCAAAUGGUAGAAAGGUCGUUGCAGAGAAGCCAAAGGAAGAAGAUUACUUUUACGCCAAUCCUGGGGAGUGCCUUUGUGAGGGAAGGAACUGCGAUGACUUAAGUUCUGUCGCAGCGAGCAAUCAUAGCUAAUCACGACUUAAGUGGCGUUCAACACGAACGUUUUUAGAGUGCCCGCGGCUCUCGUCAAAAGUGGUAUUUACAAGUUCACACACACCCAUAAGUUCUUUGCCCAUUUGGGCAUAUAAAAAAUACCUUUAUCCUUUUUUUUUUCAUG